GAGGAUGUGUCUGGUUAUUGUGCAGACACACAGCUAGCAGCUGAAUCUGCACAGAUCCGAACAACUGGAUUUCAUUCAAGCUCAACCAGGGGUGAAGCAACAUCUCCUUCAGGCAGAGACCCACACUGGCUGCCGGCACCAUGACCUCAGAGCACAAGAGGUUUCUUGAGGAGGUCACUGAGUACUUCCGGAGCACAGUGAGCAGGCAGGAACUGAACCUCCUGCUGACUAACCGCAAGACUUGGGAGAGAUUUGUGGCUGAGGCCGGUUUGUCCAGCUAUGAGGCAGGUAUACUACAUGAAGCUCUGGGUAAACUGAAAACAGACAUGGCCAUGCAGGAUACAGACAUGCCCCUGGAAACAUGUCUGAAGAGGAAGGAGUUUCUGGAAGCACUUCAUCGAUUAAAACUGUAUCAGGAUGUGUACAUACGUGAGCUCUAUGCGCUUGCAGACAAGGUUGACAAGGUCCACAGGGACUGCACCAUUGCCAACGUGGUGACUGCGUCCACUGGCACUGUGUCUGGCAUCCUGUCUAUCGUUGCCCUGGCUCUGGCCCCCGUGACAGCAGGGGUCAGUGUGGUACUCUUGGGAACUGGGAUAGGGCUGGGAAUAGCCACAACUAUCACUGGAGUGUCCACUAGCAUCGUGGACUAUGUAAGCGAGUCGUCAGCAAAAGCUAAAGCCAGAUGUCUAGUACCGACUCACGUUGACUUAGAGAAGGCCAUACAUCAGGACCUUAUUUUGCUAAAAGAGAUAUACAUCCAAGGCCUGAAGUGUAUCAUGCACCAUGCCAUCAAACUGGCCAAAGCCUCCUGCACAGCCCCAGCCAAGAGUGUCAUGACCACUGCGAGAAUCCCAUUCCAAAGCAGUGGGCCGGUGAAAACAGCUUUAGGAGGUGCUGCUCUGACAGUGUCCAGGGGAGCCCAGAUCGCAGGUAUAACCACUUCUGCCAUCUCCAUUUUGUGUAACCUGGUCAACCUUGUGAAAGAGUCGAAGCACUUGCACGAGGGGGCAAAAACACAACUGGCUAAGGAGCUGAGGCAGCAGGCCUGGAAGCUGGAGAGGGAGUUGCAGGAGCUCAUGGGGAUCUAUGAGAGUCUGUCCACGGGAGGGCCUGACUCGUGACCGCUGCGGUGGGGCGGGAAGUGCAGCUGUACGUGGGACAGAGCUGAAUGGAUAUGUGAAUAUAUUAAAUAAUAAAAGGGACUUUGCAGAGGUGAUUCGGUAAGGAUCCUGAGAUGAGGAGAUUACCUGGGAUUAUCUGGGUGAACCCAAUGAGAUCACAAGGGUCCUUAUAAGAGGGAGGCAGGGAGGGUCAGAAGGAAGAAGAGGGGUGUGACAGCAGAAGCAGAGAGAGAGAGAUUAGAGCAUGCUACGCUACUGGCUGUGAAGCUGGAGGAGGGAGCCAAGGGGAGCGGGCUGCCUCUGGAAGCUGGAAAAGGCAAGGAAGUAUUCCCCCCCAGGGCCCCCAGAAAGAACGCGGCCCUCUGACACCUUGAGUUUUGUAUCUGACCACCAGAACUGUAAGAAUAAAUUUGGAUGAUUUCAA